UUAUGAUGAAGACGAAAAUCCUGAAAUAACUACUAUUAAUGAAAAUGUUGAAAUCACUACAACUAAUGAAAGUGCUGAAAUAUCUGUUGUUAAUGAAGAUUCUGAAGUAACUAUCAUUAAUAACAAGCAUAAGCGAAGCAAACCAGAGUUGUGGGUCUUUAAAGAAGGCCAUUUUACUUGA